AUGAAGAAACUGACAAGAAAAGUGGAGGGAAUCACAAAGUGGGAAAAAAGAAAUUCAACAAGAAAUGAAUUCAGUGUUAUAACUGUCAGAAAAUGGGAACAUUUUGCAGAUGAAUGCAGAAAUAAAAGGGUUCCAAGAAAUGCAGAUGAGGCUCAAUUGACACAAGAUGAGGAUUCUGACUCUGAUAAAGUGUUACUAAUGGCAACAACAAACUCAGAAGAAGACAAUGUUAAUUUGUGGUAUCUUGACACAGGCUGUUCCAAUCACAUGAUUGGACAUAGAGAGUGGUUUGUAAACAUUGAUGAUAAGGUGAAGAGCAAGAUCAAGUUUGCAGAUAAUAGCUCUGUAAUUGCAGAAGGCAUUAGAAAGGUGAUGAUUCAGAGGAAGGAUGGACAACACUCAUUUAUCAAUGAUGUUCUAUAUGUUCCCAAUAUGAAGAAUAAUUUGUUGAGUUUGGGACAGUUGCUAGAAAAGGGCUACUCAAUGCAGAUGAAGUACAGUCAAAUGAAGAUGUUUGAUAGCAAUAGGAGGUUGAUUCUAAAGUCCCCUUUGUCAAGAAAUAGAACAUUCAAGAUUGGAAUUCAGAUUGCAGAAUUUUGA